GCUAGAUCUUUUGACAAUUUCCAGUUUGUCAACUUCACUGGAAUCAUGUCAAAAAAGAUCAGUCAAAGCAUCAAGGAGACAGAGUUUGCCCUUUCAGCACUCAUGGAAAUACCUUUGCAGUACAAAGCAACAUUACAGCUUGGAAUACUGGGGCGUCGACUUGCAAAGUCUCCAGAGCGAGUUCCACUUCCUCCUCCUUUUGCAAGUUAUAAUACCACCUCAAGAGCAGCACCAUCUUGGGAAAAUAACUUCCGAAGUGUGCCUUCUAAUCUUAGGGAGGAGGCAACUUUAGAUUCAACAAUCACACCGUCAGUUACACCCCCACCAGCUGCAGAUGCUAGAGCAUCAGAACUCCAAUUCUGCCCAGUUUGCCUUGCCAAACCCCGGGACAUGGCAUUUGGUUGUGGUCAUCAGACUUGUUCAGGGUGUGGACCGCAGGUCGCGGAUUGCCCCAUCUGUCGAAGGCCAAUUGAUACAAGAGUAAAACUAUACUAACAGCCUCACAUGCCUAACUAGAUUUGACUGAAGUACGCUGGAGUGUUGGAAGUAGAAUUCAUGGAAAAGAAAAAGAACUCCGUUUGUACUGUAGCUUGCACCAUAAAGAAAAUGAAUAACAGUUGUGUACUGCUCUGUGUUAUAUCUCAUCAGUUCAGUACCUAGAAUGGGCACUACUGCAAAACUCGUAACCGGUGGCAGGCGAAAAAUAGCUACUAGUGAUGGGGAAGCGGUGAUUUGGUGCCUGAGCGCAGCUGCACCUGAAAUCACGCCCGUCCAUCGCUGGCUCGGGAUGCGAACAAUUCCAACCGGCGCGUCCUUCGCGAGCUGCAGUAAUUUGGGUGUAUUCAUAGUUUUAGGUGUACGCGUGAAUACUGUAUGAAAUAGUGGCACAUGCGUGGGGCCACGGAGGCUAUAAGAAAAGUUAGAAUGUAAUAAAAUGAUGAAACUUUGACCCCA